CUUCUUGUCGACUCUGACAGCACAGCAGCAAAAUGAAAUUUGACAACAUACUUUCAGAAAUUAAUGGAUUUGGAAAAUUCCAAAUCAGACUAUUUUUGAUUCAGAUCUUUGCUCGAAUGACUCUGCCAUGUCACUUUCUGCUGAAUAACUUCAUGGCGGCUGUUCCCUCUCACCACUGUAACAUCACCGCUCUGGAUGAUGGAGGCAUCUUUGGGAACUUAUCUCAGCCAGAGAAACUGGCUGCUGGUGUGCCAACAGAGCCGGAUGGGACUCUGAGCUCCUGUCAGAUGUUUUUAAAGCCGCAGUAUCAUCUGGUAGGCUUAAACAGCAGUGAGGAUGCAUCUAUUGUUCAGUGUCAGAACGGAUGGGUGUAUGACAACAGCACAUUUAAAUCUACUUUGGCAACAGAGUGGGAUCUCGUGUGCAGCAGAAAAGGGAUGAACAAGGCAACAGCCACAGUCUUCUUCAUUGGUGUUAUGGUCGGAGCCCCUAUAUUUGGGUUUCUCAGUGACAGGUUUGGACGACGGCCGCUGCUGCUGGUAUCUUAUCUGUCGUCCGUAUUGUUUGCAAUCCUGAGUGCCUUCUCUUCAUCGUAUGUGAUGUUUAUCAUCAUGAGGUUUUUUACGGGGAUGUCACUCUCAGGAAUAAGUAUCAUCUCUAUUGUUCUGAAUGUUGAAUGGUUCAGCAUUGAACACAGGACCUUUGCUGGUGUGAUCAUAAGCCUGGAUUGGACACUUGGGACCUGGAUUCUGGUGGGAAUAGCAUAUUGCGUAAAUGAAUGGAGGAGGCUCAUCGUGGCAGUGACCUUACCCAUGAUAGUGUCCAUCAUUACUUGGAGGUGGCUCCCAGAGUCUGCGAGAUGGCUCCUGGCAAAAGGAAAGGCAGACGAGGCUCAUCAGUACAUAAUGCAAUGUGCCACGAUGAACAGCAGAACCAAGUGUAUGGCCACCAUCACACCGACGGAGUUACUGCAAUCUGUAAAAGGUGAAACUGAGGAUAAGAAGUACACUCUAGUGGAUCUUUUCAAGACCCCAACUAUUAGGAAACUGUCUAUAUGCUCAGGGAUAGUGUGGUAUGGUGUUGCAUUUACAUAUUAUGGGAUUAGUCUGAACAUCACUGGGUUUGGACUGAACACAUAUCUCACACAACUCAUAUUUGCAUCUAUUGAAAUGCCAUUGAAGAUUGGUGUGUAUUACUUCCUGGAGAAAGUUGGGAGGAGGUCUGGUGAAAUGGGAUCCAUGCUGUCGACUGGUCUCUGUCUCCUAAUCAACAUGUUUGUCUCACAAGAUAAGUGGGUCAUUCGUACUGUUGUGGGCGUCCUUGGAAAAGCCAUGUCAGAAGCCUCAUUCACAAUCGUGUACCUCUUCACAACUGAGCUCUUUCCUACAGUCGUACGACAGAACGGUUUAGGCUACACCGCAUUUGUGGCGCGGCUGGGUGUGUCCAUAUCUCCACUCAUCAUGCUAUUGGAGGACGUGUGGCAUCUCCUCCCUGCAGUCACUUAUUGCACGGUGGCAGUUGUAUCUGGUUUGGUGGUUUCGCAGCUGCCUGAAACAUUAAACAUCCGACUGCCAGAGUACAUCGAGGACAUUGAGAAACCGAGGGGACAGUCAACAAGGAACAAGGAGAUUCAAUAAAAACCACUGUUAUUGUUAACUAGAGUGAUUAUUUGCCACAAUGAAUUUGUUCUGCAAGUUUUAAUAAUGUAAGAUGAGUUGAUUUAAUCUGCUUUGUAACCAUAAAAUUGUUAAAAUCAAAAUAAAUACUUGAACUAAGAGUCUUUCCGGAUAUAACAUAUCCACAGGUGCGCUGUCUUAAUAAUGUACUGUACAGAGGAAAUUUGGACAAAUACAAAGAGACAAUAAGAGAGAAAUGUAACUGUGAAUUUACUUGAGGUUAGCAAUAAAAUUGUAAUUCAUGAGAA